AUGCUGAGCCCAAAGAUCAGACAGACCAGGAGAGCCAGGUCCAAGAGCAUGGUGAUGGGCGAGGUGUCGCGGGGCCCGUGCCGGCCUGCCUCCCCCAGCCUCCAGGAGGGGGCCCUGAAGGCUGGCUGGCUGAAGAAGCAGCGCAGCAUCAUGAAGAACUGGCAGCUGCGAUGGUUUGUGCUGCGCUCGGAUCAGCUGUACUUCUACAAAGACGAGGAAGAGACCAAACCACAGGGCUGUAUUCCUCUGCAGGGCUGCCAGGUGAAUGAACUCACAGCGAACCCGGACGAACCAGGAAGACACCUCUUCGAGAUCGUACCAGGUGGAACAGGAGAGAAGGACCGGGCACCUAUCAGUCAUGAAUCCUUCCUGCUCAUGGCGAACUCCCAGACAGACAUGGAUGACUGGGUCAAGGCCAUACGGCGAGUCAUCUGGGCGCCCUCUUCAGGGAUAUUUGGCCAGCGUCUAGAAGACACAGUGCAGUAUGAGAGGAAGUUUGGCCCCCGGCUGGCCCCCCUGCUGGUGGAGCAGUGUGUGGACUUCCUCAGGGAGCGGGGUCUGGAUGAGGAGGGUCUCUUCAGGAUGCCGGGACAGGCCAACCUGGUCAAAGAUCUGCAAGAGGCCUUCGACUGCGGUGACAAGCCUCUGUUUGACAGUAACACAGACAUCCACACGGUGGCAUCCUUGCUGAAGUUGUACCUGCGGGAGCUGCCUGAACCAGUCAUUCCCUUCUCCAAAUAUGAAGACUUUCUAACCUGUGCACAGCUGUUGGCCAAAGACGAGGAGGAGGGGGUCCAGGAGCUUGGAAAUCAAGUUAGCACUCUACCUCUACCUAACUUCAAUCUCCUCAAGUACAUAUGCAAAUUCCUUGAUGAGGUCCAGUCCCACUGCAUUCACAACAAAAUGAGUGUCCAGAAUCUCGCCACAGUAUUUGGACCAAAUAUCCUUCGACCCAAGAUGGAGGACCCAGUCACCAUCAUGGAAGGUACCUCUCUGGUCCAGCACCUGAUGACAAUCCUCAUUAGGGAACACAACCGUUUGUACUCAGGGAGGGACCAGGAGGGACUCACGGUACCUCAAACAGAGCUCCCCAUCCAGGGGCAUCAGCUGCAACAUCGCAGCCUGGGAGCCUGGAUCUCUGAGGAGGACCUUCAGAGCGGCCCAGUCUCCAUCCCCGACCAAGAGUUAGACAGCAGUGCCUCGUCCCUGGACGCCAAACUGUGUGCGGCGGUCACACCCACCCAAAGCCCGAACGCUGGACCAAAACUGGGGUCUUCGUCUGGGAAGGGCGAGACAGUGGUCAGCCCCAGCAAACAAUCCAAGACCAUUCCUUCCUGGAAGUACUCGUUCAAAAGCUCCUCAGCGCCACGUUCUCAGCCACAAGCCAAGCAAAGCAGUGGCGGCGCAGGCUCCGUGGCCGAUACAACUAGUGUAUCUCCUGGUGGGGGAGGAGGUGGAGGUGGUGGUGGGGGUAACUGGCUCAUGAAUGGUUUGUCCUCCUUGAGGGGACACCGGCGCACAUCCUCAGGCGAGCGGUCCGCCCGUGACCGCGACUCCACCGGCUCCUCGCAAAGACUGUCCACCUAUGACAAUGUCACCUCCUCCUCCAGCAUGGGGAGCGUACCGAGCGUGUCCAGCACCCCGUGGUCCACCUCCUCCUGCGAGAUCUCCGUUCCAGACUCGGCGAGCGAGCCUUCAGUAAACCAGAACUGUGGAGAGAGUGGGGAGAAGGGGGAUUGGAUGGAGAGCCAGAGGGAGAUCGACAGAGGAAGGGAUGGAGGGAUGAUGACGGACCCGAGCUCUGAGCAGGACAGUUGCGAGGCGAUGGAGCUGUGCAGCAGCAGUGCGGCCUGCAGCGAGAAUGGAAACACGGUCGCGGCAGCUGGCGUGCCGUCCAUUAUCAUGUCCGAGGAUGGAGACGAGGUCAAUUCAACGCUGAGCAGUCUGGUGGAAGGACUGAAGGACGAGCUGAUGAAACAGAAGACUUCCUACGAGGCAAGGAUAGAAAAACUGGAAGAGUCCAGCACUGCUCUGUGUGCGCAGAUGGAGCGUUUGGAACAAGAGAUGGAGCAGGAAAGGAAGAAGCAACGCAUGCUGGAGAUCAAACUGCGAAACUCCGAACGGGCAAGAGAGGAUGCAGAUAACCGCAACCGGCUCCUGGAGAAGGAGAUGGAGGAUUUCUUUUCCACGCUGGGAGAUCUGGCCCUGGGCGCGAGGACUAGCGACAUUUGAUACGUCCGGGCCACUCGUUCGUCUUGUCUCCAAAACUGUGGCUGUCAUCAGGGUUUAUAUUUUGGGGGCUGUUUUUUUCAAGCCUUCCUCUGUGCGUCAGGACGUUCCUUUAGAAGAAGAACACAGCAAGGGAAUAAUGGAACUGGCCAUAUUUGAAUACAUUCAGGACAAACUCAGAUGGAAGAGGACAUCGUGAAGGAAGUAAAAAUCAAACCGGGACUGACUGUGCAGUCCGUUUCAGAAUCAUCUCUAUCAAGCAUCAGGCAGUUGUGACUUUGUUUCACGUUAAGCUGGGGCUCCUGGGAUCACACUCCAGGGAAAUGUGAAGCAGCAUUUUAACAGUUUGGAUGAUCACAUGUAACUGGUGGAACUUCCUGUUCUCUGACACUCUCUGACCUGUAGAGCACUGACCUCUGACACCACUACAUGACAUAGACACAAGUGAAUUAUGUUGGAGAUGCUCAGUCUGAUUGAAAUUUGUCUCAAUCUGAUACUUAUCUUGAAUGAGAUGUUUUGUAAGAUGUAUUUUGGCCAAACUGAAGAAAAAGAAAAUCUGAGAUUUUGAGAAUCAAGUUGUAGUUUUAAGAAUGAAUUAGUAAUUGAGAGGAAAGUCGCUAUUUAACACGAAAAAAUCAUACUUUAUUUGGAAAAAGGCAUAAUAUUAUGAGAAUAAAGAGAAAGACAUUAUUUAGUCAGGUUAAACUCAUGGUCGCUGCAGUUCCUCUGGAUCCAACAUCAGGAUUAUCAAUCUCAUUGUUUGUUGACAAACUAUGAAACACAGAUGUAACCAACAACAACCACCGAACAUCUCCUCCUCCACAAGAGGAACGUGUGGUUCUUUCUUCAGAACAAACAGCGUUUAUUGAUUAUUAAGUCUUAGAACUUGUGAUUAAUUUAGUUAAUUAUGAAGCCUUUACUAAACUGUAAGUUAACAAAAUGCUCCACGUUCCUCACUUUAACACAGCUGAUCUUCUGAUAUUCCUCCUGUAAAAGCCUGAAAUUACGAAGUUAUUCUCGUAUUAGUACAACCUUUUUCAUGUCAUAUUUCACAUUUAUCCUUGUAAUAUUAUGCCUUCAUUUUUCUUAAGAUAUCUGUAUGUUUUAAUUUCCCUUUAGGUGGCCCACAUUACCCAUCACAAUUUUGGUUUUAUUCACAUAUUUUUCCCUCAGCCUGAAGUGGUAGCUAACCAGUAAAUCAAACUCUCUUUGGCUUGAUAUGAAGACACAGAAGUGUUUGUUGCUGUAUAUUAUACAGAGUAACAAAAGGUUUACUGUUUCUGGACCUAUAGUUGGAAUAAGCAGCAGAAAUGAAAGUUAAAGGAUCCACAUUUGUCGGGCUGAUCUCUCUAAAGCUAUUAGCUUGGCUAGAGACCAUUAGGGUUCAUGUGUUUGCGUGAUUUGAGUGAACAGACUCUCGAACAACAGCUUUAGCAGAGGUUUUUUCUCCUGCUGUCCUGUAUUUGUGCUGCAAACGCAUGAUGCUGUUUUACUGUGGAGCGGGUUCAGAAAUCCAGGUUUUUCCAAGUUAUUCUGUAUGGUCACACAACCAAUCAGAAGCAGUAGCCAGUGGAACCUCUGCAGUCGCCUCUUCCAGUGCCUCUCGUCACCAUCUACAUGGUUUCCAUGUCCCUUUGAUGGCUAAGCCUCAGUCGUCGGUUGACUCCGAUCCUCACAGAUGUCAAUAUACCUUUAAUGUGCAGACAAACACAACAGGGAUGAUGAACACAUUUUCCUCAAGAAUGUUCCACUAAGCUCACGCUGCCUCAGUGUGGCCCAGUUGGUGGAGACCAUUACCGGUGCCCAGUAAAUACCAAAGCUGGAGCGCCUCUCAGCUGUUCGCUCACUAAACAUUAGGAUGGCCUGCCUGGAAGACGUGUUGAUUUUGGCACAUGAAGCUGAACACUGCCCUCAAAAAAACAAUGGAAUUUCCUGGUUGUGCCUUCAGGGAAGUGUUUUGAAAUAGGAAAAAAGUUGAGUGUUGCUUGCUUGUCCAGAGAUGUAGUGCAUAUAUUGGCCCAUAGUACACACAGUGGCUGCAUUGUUGUUUCUUUUUUUAUAUAUAUAUAUAUGGCGACAAACUGCUGAAGACGAAUACCUUGAUCUCCCCAGAAGGUGCCAAUUCUUGUGAAAGUGAAUUGUGAAUUGAAUGGAAGUUUUGAAUCGAGAAUGUAAACUUGUAGUGAAUGUAACGUGUUGUCGAUGAAACCAGCCCGAUGUAAAAAGAAAAAAGGAAACGAUAAACAGAGGGGGAAAAAAUCGGAUAAACUCUCUGUAAUACUGAACAUGUGAUGUAUUAUGGGAUGCAUUAAACAGAUCCAGGUGGCUGUGAUGUGCUUUAUAGAUCUAGUCCUUGGGAUUAUUAUUUGAUAUUUCCACAAUGAAAAGGUUGCAGAUAUUGGUUUUCGGAGAAUUGCAUGUUGUUACUUUGCUGAAAAUGUCUUUUAGCAACUUAUCACGAAUCAGAAGAAUGUCCGCAAGUGGUUCAAUUUACACUUAUUCCUUUAAAGGCGCCACAAACAGUAUAUAUUAUUAAAAGUGAAAGUGUGCUUUUAGUUGGAUAAUGUGACUUUUUUACAUAAAGACACCAGUGAAAUUACACUACCCUAGUUAAUUGCACAGGCUGACAAGGCAUUUGUUUCCAUUGAGGCCUAUGUACGACCACCACUAGCGUCCACACCACAAAGUCUAAAGCAGGUUCGUUGAUUCCAAAAGAGACAAUAAUUUUCCUCUUAUAUACGUCUCACGACUGAAGGUGCUUUUUACUUUUCUGCUGGUCAUCUAUGGUGCUUAUUUAUUAUGGAUUUCCACUAUUGUAAUGAAUGGACAUGUAUGGGAAUAAAAGUGACAAAGAUCA